AUGAAUGUAGAAGAUUUUUAUGAGGCUAACGACAAAGAUCAAUGUUCUCUUCUAUUUGAUCAUGAUAAUACUUUUUAUGAUACAAUUAUCAAUGCAACACCCUAUGAUUUUGAAAAGAAUAAACUUACUUCAAGCGAAGAAAUUGAUAAUGAAGCGACAGAAAUGAUGUAUUCAACAGAUGAAGAAGAAAUUUCAGAUGAAGAAGUUAUAGAUCAAACUGAGACAGAUACAAUUUAUCAAAAGGAUAAAUAUGAUAAUGAACAAGAAAAUGACAGUUUGCAUUAUCAAUUCCAGCGAGAACAUGAUGAGAUUGAUAUCUCUGUUUGUUUAUUAACCUUGAAAACGAAGCAUAAUUUAACAUUAGAAUGUUUAAAUGACAUUAGAAAAUUACUUAUUUCAUUAAAAGUAAAGAAUGUACCAUCAUCAAUUUAUCAUAUUUGUAAAUUGAUUAAUACAACAAAUAAAUCAACAACAACUACAACAUCUUCGACACGCGUCACCUCAUCGAUGAUUAUUUGUCAAAAAUGUGAACGUGUUUCAUUAUCAAAAGAAUAUUGUUCACAUGUUGAUUGUGACAAUCGCAUAAAAUAUGAAAUUAAUCCUUAUAAUUAUAUUUGUCUUGAUAUUCAUCAUCAAUUACAACAAAUAUUUUAUCAUGAAGAACAUAUUAAAUAUUUUACAUUUAAUAAUGAGCCAUGUGUUAAUUCUAUGCGUGAUGUUUAUGAUGGUGAAGUUUAUCGUUCAUUGUUAGGAAAAGUUGAAACAAACGAAAUAAAUUUUAUAACGACGUUAAUAAUGAACAUUGAUGGUAUUGCCAUCGGAAAUAGUACUCAAGAAUCACUAUGGAUAAUAACCUGUGCAAUUAAUGAAAUAAAAAGACGAGAACGAUUUAAAAUUCAUAAUGCUAUUAUUGCUGGAAUUUGUUCGUGUUUUAAAAAACCUACUCGUACAAUAAUGGGACUUUUAUUAAAACCAAUUGUUGACCAAUUAAUACAAUUAGAAAAACAUCAUCUAUUUCAAAUGAAGGCAUAUCAUAAUGAGUAUAGACUGAUUCGGACAUAUUUAAUUGGUGUUUGUAAUGAUAAACCCGCUAAUAGCUUGGUUCAAAAUGCGCCUGAACCGAUUGCGAAAUUUGGUUGUACUACAUGCGAAAUAACCGGGAAAGUUGUACUGUCAAAUUCAGAUAAACAAAUAUCACAUAAUAAAACAUCCUCAACAAAUAAAAAAAAAAGAAUAGAUACACAUAAAAUUCGUGUUUUUCCUACAAGUGAAGAUGAUCAAACACAGUUGCGUUCGACAGUAAGAUGUGAACAAAUUCUUGAUCAAUUAGCGAAAGUACAGCAUAAUAAUUAUCCUGUAACAAAUGAAGAAAAAUCAAAUUUACAAUUAGGUUAUCUUGGAAAAUGUGUUUUAACAGAACUAUCUUACUUUGAUCAUGGACAUUCAUUCUUGAUGGAUACACUACAUACAAUCUACCAUGGUGCAUUUAAAAGACUUCUUAAAUUAUGGUUUCAUUCGAAAUAUCGGACCCAACAGUGGUCCAUUCGUCAACAUUUAAAUCAUAUUGAAACUGAAUUACGACAAUUUCGUUUUCCAUCAACAACAACGAGGAUACCCCGAACAAUUAUGAAAUAUCAUCGAUUAAAAGCAAAUGAAUUACGUGUACUUUUGUUAAUAACAUAUCCAACAUUUAAAAAAUAUUUAAAGCCAAUAUAUUAUAAACAUUUGCAACUGUUGUCAUUCGCACUACACAUUGGUGAAUCAAGAGAAAUUACUUCGUCGAAACUGAAUGAAAUGAAAAUUCUAUUAGAUAAAUUUGUUUUUACAUUUCAUUUUUUGUAUGGUAAACGUCAUGCUGUUAAUACAGUUCAUUCAGCCGUACAUUUUCAUCAAACAGUCAAACAUUAUGGACCACUAACAAACUAUAGCACGUUUAACUAUGAAUCAUUGAUUGGUAAUCUUAGUCAUCUUACAGCAACAAUUAAUGGAACAAAACAUUUACCACGUGAAAUCGAAAAUAACAUAGAAUUAAUUAAAAAUUCGUCAUUUUUAGGUGAUACAUAUUGUAUGUCCUCAUCAUUAUAUCCAUUAAUAUCAGAAAUUCAAGGUUAUAAAACAAAACUAUCAGUAACAUCAAAUAGUUAUCAAUUACAGAAACCAACAUCAAUUAUUCAUAAGAACGACAAGCACGAGCUGUUCUUAAAAUUUGGCAAAGAAUUAUCACUAUAUAAUAAAUGCAAUAUAAAAGGUGUUACAUUUACAACCUUACAUUAUUCAAAAUCGAAACAAUUUCAAGACUGUGCUAUUCUUUACAGACGUGAAAACAUACAUUGUUUCGGUCUUAUCAAUAAAAUUAUAUUAAUAACAACAUCAAAUAAUGUAUUGUUGCAAAUUUAUCCUUUACAUGAUAACAGAAAAGAUGAGAUAUUAUUGAAUUUUAACACACAAAAAAUUUUGUGCGAUAAUGUUGAAUUUGGAACAAUUGAUUUUGAUCAUCAUAUUCAUAUUAACGUAGAUGAUGUCAUUGAAAAAGUAUGCUACUAUCAAUUCGGAACAAAAUUUAUUUUCAUUCGAUAUCCAACGUUGACUGAGUCUAGUUAG